CUGCUGCCCUACCUGGAGCAGUUCAAGCGCAUCCCGCUGUGGCUGGGCGAGGACCUGCGCUCCUGGGAGGCCGCCAAGCUCUUUGCCCGCAAGCUGAACCCCAGGAGCUGCUCCCUGGUGCAGCCCGGCGACCAGCAGCCGGGGCCGCUGGAGGCGCUCAACCGGGGCAUCAGCCUGGCCAAGGUGCUGCACUCGGCCCUGCCGGCGAGCCACAAGUCCAUCGUCUCCUUCCGCCAGCUGCGGGACGAGGUCUUCAGCGAGCUGGCCAACGUGGAGCAGGUGGCCGGGGUCAAGUGGACUCGCUUCCCCGACCUCAACAAAUUUCUCAAGGGCCACCGCAAAGGGGAGCUCACCGUCUUCACAGGUCCGACGGGCAGCGGGAAGACUACCUUCAUCAGUGAGUACGCACUGGACCUCUGCAUGCAGGGCGUGAACACGCUGUGGGGCAGCUUUGAGAUCAGCAACGUGCGCCUGGCCAAGGUGAUGCUGACACAGUUUGCCACCCAGCGUCUCGAAGAGGAGCUGGACCAGUACGACGAGUGGGCCGAUCGCUUCGAGGACCUGCCGCUCUACUUCAUGACCUUCCACGGCCAGCAGAGCCUCAAGGCCGUGAUCGACACCAUGCUGCACGCCGUGUACAUGUAUGACAUCGUCCACGUCGUCAUUGACAACCUGCAGUUCAUGAUGGGGCACGAGCAGCUCUCAGCAGACAGGCUGGCUUCGCAGGACUACAUUGUGGGCGCCUUCCGCAAGUUUGCCACGGACAACUCAUGCCAUGUGACGCUGGUCAUCCACCCUCGCAAGGAGGACGAUGAGCGGGAGCUGCAGACGGCUUCCAUCUUCGGCUCUGCCAAGGCCAGCCAGGAGGCCGACAACGUGCUGAUCCUCCAGGACCGGAAGCUGAGGUCGGGGCCGGGCAAGCGGUACUUGCAGGUGUCCAAGAACCGCUUCGAUGGCGAUGUGGGCAUCUUCCCGCUGGACUUCAGCAAGACUUCCCUCACCUUCUCGGGCCUCACCAAGGGCAAGGCUAAGCUCAAGAAGGUUAAGGUCGAGAAAACAGAGGAGCUGGCCCCCGAGGAGCCGGCCCCCAAGGCGGCGGUGCCCAAGGAGCCGGCCCCCAAGGCGGCGGUGCCCAAGGAGCCGGCCCCCAAGGCGGCGGUGCCCAAGGCAACAGCGCCCAAAGCGAAAGCCCCCAAGGUGAUUGCGCCCAAGGGCAGUGGGUUCUCCAAGGAGCCAGUGCCCAAGGGCAGUGGGUCCUCCAAGGACCCAUGAGCCUGGCUUCUUGGGCAUCAUCCUUGCCUGAGCACCAUGCCCAUGCCGGCCUGUUCAAGCUGGAGUGGAGAGGAGUAUUGCACCUGGUGUUGCGACUUCGUGCCAAGGCAGCCUAUCACCAGGGCUCUGCUGUGUCUUGGGGCUGCGGCCUGGGCUCCUACAGAUUGCAGCCCCCUUGGCUGUCAGGAGGAGAAGCCAGCCAGGACUGGGGUGCUUCCUAACAGAGCUGAGACUCAGAGUGUGGUGGGGGAGACCCAUCGCUGAUGCCCCCCCUGGAGCUGUGCCCCGGAGAACCACGUGCCAGAUGUGGGGUUGGAGACGGGACGUUUCUCCCAUUCCCCAGGACUUUGACUGAAUGCUGACUGGGCUGCAAGCAGCUAUUGGCGCGGGGGGGGGAACAGAUCCAUCCCCCCAGCAGCGCUGCUUUCCUGGUGUCCAGGUCAGCCUGGCGUGGGGGCAUCUCUGCUCACUCCUUGCGGACGUGGUGUCACGAAGCUGCUGCCUUGUUGGGCACCUUCUCUCCCUGGCCUCCAGGAGGGGAAGAGCAGUGGGAGGCUGGGGGUGGGGAGCACUGGCAGGGCCGCCUUUGCGGGGUAUGAAUGCCUCUUCUCCUUCACACCUCAGGGCUGCCUCACCAUGCCAGGCACCAUCAGCUCGGGACCGGUUCCCAGGGGGUGCCCUCCGGAGCCUGUAGGCUCAGAUGGUUAUUACAAGAGUAACUGUGCCCUCCACCCUGGGGUGGUUUGGGAGCACCUGCAGACUGGGAGAGGAGGGAAUUCACCAGCAAUCCAGGAGGGGCGAAUUCACCAGCAAUCGGACACUGCCUGCCAGGGUCCAUCCUUGCCCCGCAUCCACAGAUGGGGAAAGAGCCCCCAGCUGCUCAAGGGCAAGGGGCUUCUUUCUCCCCCAGCCGGAGACGGGGUUUGUGCAGCCAUGUUACCAGGGCUGUGGGCAGUUGAGCUCUGGUGGGACUGCCUCUGCUGCUGCCCCCUGUCAUCUGUCAGCUCCCCGUGCUCAGGAAAAACUGGCAAGGAAACCAAGUGCCUCUGUGUCUUGUUCUCAGAGGGGCGGGAGUGGUCCUGGGUUUCGCCCCACGGCCCGUAGUCAUGGUGUGUUGUCACGGGGUUGCAGUACAGCCAGGACCAGCGCUGCGGGCACUCGGCUCCAGCCCAGGGUGCGGCCCUGGUCCCUGUUCCUUUGGUGUGAUGGGCCUGGGGGGGAAGGGGACAAGCAGAGCUGGGAGGGGGUCCAGGAGCAGCUCCAUCCCGGUGGGCCCAGGCAGGCAUCACAGAGGCCCUGUCUGCAGGUCUGAGCUCCUCUUGGGUAGAUCAGUAGCAUGAAGAAGCAGCUUGAGUUUAUGCCGUGCCCAGGGGAGAGAGGACCCAGAGCAGCAAGGCUGGGGGUGCCUGGCUUUGGAGUGGGUGACUGUUGCCUUUGUUCACAAUUUCCUUUGAUUUUUGGGGUUUGCGCCGAGUCCUUCCCACAGGCAGCAGCCCCAGGUGCCACCAAGCUGGGGGAUGUAGUAGAUACGCUGGAAGGUAGGGCUAGGAUGCAGAGUGACCUGGACAAACUGGAGGGUUGGACCAAGAGAAAUCUCAGGAGG